UUUGGGAUUAUGGCAUCAUUGGUUCUAUUUGGAUAAAAAAAAUUAUAUAUAAUAUAUUGAUACUAUUACAUAUUUAUUCUCUAUAUUUUGCCUGGAGUUAUUCCAAUAUCGUUUACUGGGCUGGCUUUGGCCGGACGAAGCCGCUCAAGAUGAACAUGGUGAAGAGGAUCAUGGGUAGGCCGCGGCAGGAGGAGUGUAGCCCGCAAGACAAUGCACUUGGCCUCAUGCACCUCAGACGCCUCUUCUCAGAGCUCUGCCACCCUCCACGUCACAUGACCCAGAAGGAGCAGGAGGAGAAACUCUACAUGAUGCUGCCCGUCUUCAACAGGGUGUUUGGUAACGCUCCCCCCAGCACCAUGACAGAGAAGUUCCAGGACCUCCUCCAGUUCACUACCCAGGUGUCCCGGCUCAUGGUCACAGAGAUCAGACGGAGGGCCUCCAACAAGUCCACAGAGGCAGCCAGUAGAGCCAUCGUCCAAUUCCUGGAGGUGAACCACAGUGAAGAGGCGUCACGUGGCUGGAUGCUACUGACCACCAUCAACCUGCUAGCAUCCUCCGGACAGAAAACGGUGGACUGUAUGACCACCAUGUCGGUGCCCUCCACCCUGGUGAAGUGUCUGUAUCUGUUCUUUGACCUUCCUCACAUGGCCGAGGCCCCUGGGGCCUCACAGACCCAGACCCCAGAGCUGCCCCAGGCUGACCGUCGGGCCCUGCUGCAGAAGGUCUUCGCACAGAUCCUGGUGAAGCUGUGUAGCUUUGUCUCUCCGGCGGAGGAACUGGCCCAGAAAGACGAUCUCCAGCUACUCUUCUCUGCCAUCACGUCCUGGUGCCCCCCCCACAAUCUGCCCUGGAGGAAGAGCGCCGGCCAGGUCCUCACCACCAUCUCACGACACGGACUCAGCGUCAACGUCAUCAAGUAUAUCCACGAGAAAGAGUGCCUGGCCACAUGUAUCCAGAACAUGCAGCAGUCAGAUGACCUCUCACCCCUGGAGAUCGUAGAGAUGUUUGCCGGUCUGUCCUGCUUCCUGAAGGACUCCAGCGACGUCUCCCAGACCCUGCUGGACGACUUCAGGAUGUGUCAGGGAUACACGUUCCUCUGCGACCUCAUGCUCAGAUUGGAGCAGGCCAAAGAGGAGGACAGCAGUGAUGCUCUGAAGGAUCUGGUCAACCUAGUGACGCUUCUGACCACCUAUGGCGUGACUGAUCUCAAACCGGCCGGUCUCACCACUGGAGCCCCCUUCCUCCUGCCCGGCUUCGUACUCCCACAGCCUUCUGGGAAAGGCCACACGGUGAGGAACCUCCAGUCGUUCUCCGUCCUACAGAAUGCCUUCCUGAGGGCUAAGACGUCACGGCUGACCGGCACGCUGCUGAACGCCAUCGGCAACAUCUACGCCGCCGACCACGCCAACUACUUCAUCCUGGAGGCACAACACACACUCUCACAGUUCGCUGACAAGGUUGCCAAGCUGCCAGAUGCCCAGACAAAGUACUUUGACCUGUUGGAGUUUGUAGUGUUCAGUCUGAACUAUGUUCCCUGUAAGGAGCUGUUCAGUGUCAGCGUCCUGCUGAAGGGCUCUACGUCAUACACCUGCAGUAUCACAGCCACCAGGACUCUGUUGAAGUUGAGUCGUCAUGACGCGGUGUUCAGUGAUGUGUUGAGAGAGGUGGGGCUGCUGGAGGUGCUGGUUAACCUCCUGCAUAAAUACGCUGCCUUGCUCAAAGACCCCGCAACGCAACAACAGACUCAGUCACAGAACAACGAACAAGGUGACUGUAAGAACAGCAGUGUAGCGGAGGAGCAGAAACAGUUAGCUUGGCUGGUCAUGGAGACGCUGACCGUCCUGCUGCAAGGCUCCAACACUAACGCAGGUCUGUUCAGAGAGUUUGGAGGGGCGCGGUGUGUCCACAACAUAGUGAAGUAUGAUCAGUGCAGGGAACAUGCUCUGAUGAUCAUUCAGCAGCUGGUUUUGUCCUCCAGCGGAGAUGAUGACAUGGGAACACUACUGGGUCUGAUGCACUCUGCCUCGUCCACCGAGCUACAGCUCAAAACAGACAUACUACAGACUCUCCUGGCUGUGCUGAGAGAAAGCCAUCGCACGCGGACAGUCUUCCGGAAGGUCGGGGGCUUUGUGUAUGUGACGUCGCUACUCGUUGCCAUGGAGCGCUCUCUGUGUCAGCCGCCGCGUCACGGGUGGGAACGGGCCAAUCAGAACCAAGUGUUUGAGCUCCUCCACACCGUCUUCUGCACGUUGACCGCUGCCAUGCGCUACGAACCCGCCAACUCACACUUCUUCAGGACGGAGAUCCAGUAUGAAAAACUGGCAGACGCUGUCAGGCUGCUGGGUUGUUUCUCGGAGGCCAAGAAGGUUGGAGUCACGGGAGUGUUCCCUUCCAACGCCCAGCCCUUCCUGAGGCUGCUGGAGGACGACGGGGUUGCAGCCGGAGCAGGGGGCGGGACCGGGGACAACAUCUGCCCCACCCUCAAACACUGCAGCAAGCUCUUCAUCUACCUUCAUAAGAUGGCCACCGACUCCUUCGACAGUCGUGCGGAGCAGGUUCCCCCCUGCCUCACUCACGAGACCUCCCUGCCAUCCCCCUGGGGUACGCCAGCGCUCGCCAGGAAGAGGCACGGCUACCAGGGCACAUCAGGCCCCCCUGCAGGGGUCCGAGCCUUGACGGACCUAAACAUGAAACUACAACUGGCCAACUCUUCCUCCUCCUCGGACUCGGUGGUCAUCCACCCUGGGGCGGGGCUAGCAAUGCUGGACCUGCUGGCCUCCGUCAGCUCCGACAGCCAACCAGAGCAUGCUCUGGACCUUCAGCUAGCAGUAGCUAACAUCCUGCAGCUGCUGGUCCACAGUGAGAGAAACCAGCAGAUCCUGUGUGAAGCAGGUCUCCACAGCAGACUACUGCAGCGCUGCAGCCUGGCCCUGGGAGACGAGGAACACCCCCUACACCCACCGCUGCAGAGGAUGUUUGAGAGGCUGGCCUCACAGGCCCUGCAGCCUAUGGCCCUGAGAGAGUUCCUCCGGCUGGGAAACCCUCUAAACUGUGGCGCCUGGGACAAGAAGCUGCUCAAACAGUAUCGUGUCCACAAACCCUCCUCCCUGAGCUACGACGCGGAGAUGAGAAACUCUAUGACUAUAUCGAUGGAGGGCUGUUUUGGUCCCGACACCGUGUUCCCAGCGGCUGGUGAAGACAACAGUCAGUACCGAAUCAGCCGCAGCCUGGUGCGCUCGGCCGAGGGGAGCACCGUGCCGCUCACACGCGUCAAGUGCCUGGUCUCCAUGACAACGCCCCACGACAUCCGUCUUCACGGCUCGGCCGUCACUCCAGCCUUCGUGGAGUUUGACACCUCGCUGGAGGGCUUUGGGUGUCUGUUCCAGCCAAGCCUGGCUCCUCACAACGCUCCCUCUAACAAUGCCAACACAGGAGGAGUCAGUGAUGGAGCCGUGGUCUCUGGGAUUGGAGCAGGAGAGCGUCUGUUCCCCCCUCCGUCUGGUCUAAGCUACUCUACGUGGUUCUGUGUGGAGAGGUUCAGCUCUGCCCCCCACACCCACCCUGUCCGUCUGCUGACGGUGGUCCGACGGGCCACAUCCUCAGAACAACACUAUAUCUGUCUGGCCGUGGUUCUGUCUGCUAAGGACCGGUCCCUGACGGUGUCUACCAAGGAGGAGCUGCUGCAGAGCUACGUGGAUGAUUUCAGCGAGGAGUCUUCGUUCUUCGAGGUUCUCCCGUGCUGCGCCAGGUUCCGCUGCGGAGAGCUGAUCGGAGAGGGUCAGUGGCACCACCUGCUGUUAGUCAUGAGUAAAGGCAUGUUGAAAAACAGCAUGGCCACGCUGUACAUCGACGGACAACUGUUCCAAACCACCAAGCUCCACUACAUCCAUAGUUCUCCUGGUGGCUCCGGGAGCACCAACCCUCCUGUGGUCAGCACCGUGUACAGCUACAUAGGCACGCCCCCUGCCCAGAGACAGCUGUCCAAUCUGGUGUGGCGCCUGGGGCCCACACACUUCCUGGAGGAGGGGCUUCCUGCUGCCAGCGUCGCGGCGGUGUACGAGCUCGGUCCCAACUACACAGGCAGCUUUCAGGCCGUCUACCUGCUCUGUAAAGACUCCAAGACUGGAGAGCCUUCAUGUCCAGUCGCCCUGGUCCCAGAGGAGAAGGUAUCCUUCAGCCUGUACGCCCUCUCUGUCUCUGCCCUCACCGUGGCCAAGAUACGCAAGGUCUACAACAAGCUGGACAGCAAGGCCAUCGCUAAACAGUUGGCUGUAUCGUCUCAUGAGAAUGCCACUCCGGUCAAGCUGAUCCACAACGCGGCCGGUCACCUCAACGGUCCAGCACGCACCAUAGGAGCAGCUGUCAUUGGAUACCUGGGUGUGCGUGCGUUCGUCCCCAAGCCUGUGGCGACCAACCUGCAGUACGUGGGCGGGGCUGCGGCCAUUUUGGGCCUGGUUGCCAUGGCGCAGGACGUUGAGGGUCUCUACGCGGCCGUCAAGGCGAUGGUGUGCGUCGUCAAGAGCAACCCGCUGGCCAGCAAGGAGAUGGAGCGCAUCAAAGGCUACCAGCUGCUGGCCAUGUUGUUGAAGAAAAAGCGUCACCUGCUGAACAGCCACAUCCUGCACCUGACCUUCUCCCUGGUGGGAACAGUAGACAGCGGCCACGAGACCUCCAUCAUCCCCAACACCACCGCCUUCCAGGACCUGCUCUGUGACUUCGAGGUGUGGCUCCAUGCACCCUACGAACUGCACCUGUCCCUGUUUGAACACUUUAUAGAGCUCCUCACUGAGUCCAGUGAGGCAGCUAAGAACGCUAAGUUGUUACGAGAGUUCCAGCUGAUUCCCAAGCUGCUGUUAACCCUGAGAGACACGUCUCUGUCUCAGCCCACCAUCUCUGCUAUCAGCAACGUUUUGAGUCUGCUGCUGCAAGGGUUCCCCAACCCAUAUGACCUGCUACGGUUUGGCCAGUUCAUCUCAUCCACCCUGCCAACCUUUGCUGUGUGUGAGAAGUUUGUAGUGAUGGAGGUCAACAACGAGGAGAAGAUAGAUGGAGGUAAUGAUGAAGACCUUGGGGGUCUUCUGUCGGCCAACCUGAUCCUGUUGAGGAACAGACUACUAGACAUCCUUCUCAAACUGCUCUUCACCACCAAGGAGAAAUGCACCGUCAACGCACAGGCAUGUGAAGAGUUGGUGCGUACCCUGGGCUUCGACUGGUUGUUGAUGUUCACGGAGGAGCACCUCCACUCCAGCAGUGUGACAGCAGCUCUGUGGAUCCUGGUGGUUCUCCUCAGUAACCAGCCCAUACUGACCAGGUUCAAAGAGGGACUGACCGGAGGCGAAUGGCUGGACCACACUGACUCUGUCCUGACCAACAAGAUCGGCACCGUGAUGGGCUUCAACGUGGGCCGCAGCGCCGGCGGUCGCUCCACGCUAAGGGAGAUCAACCGAGACGCCUGCCAUUUCCCAGGGUUCCCUGUUCUGCAGACGCUGCUGCCGAAACACACCAACGUCCCCGAGCUCUACUUCCUGCUGAUGGCCCUGUUCCUGCAACAACCCGUCACAGAGCUGCCGGACAGCCUCCAGGUACAUUUUGACCUGGACUCUAUCUGGACCUUUAUCUUUGGGGUCCCUGCUUCCAGCGCCACCAUAGUGGGAUCCAUCCACAGUGUCUGCACCGAGGCUGGCUUCCUGUUACUGGGGAUGCUGAGGAGCAUGCUCAACCUGCCGUGGCAGUCUGAGGAAGAGGGGUCGUGGCUGAGGGAGUACCCGGUGACUCUGAUGCAGUUCUUCAGGUACCUGUAUCACAACGUCCCAGACCUGGCCCCAAUGUGGCACAGCCCAGAGUUCCUGUGUGUCCUGGCUGCCUCAGUCUUCCCCUUCAACAUCAGGCCCUACUCUGAGAUGGUGAGUGACCUGGAUGACGAAGCAGGGUCACCAACGGAAGAAUUCAAGGCCUUCACCGCCGACACGGGCAUGAACCGUAGCCAAUCGGAAUACUGCAACGUGGGUUCGAAGACCUACCUGACCAAUCAUCCGGCCAAGAAGUAUGUGUUUGACUUCAUGAAGGUGCUGAUCAUGGACAACCUGUGUCUGACUCCGGCCAACAAACAGACGUCCACCAUAGACCUACUGUUAGAGGCGUCCCCAGAGCGCUCCACCAGGACUCAGCAGAAAGAGUUCCAGUCCCACAUCCUGGACUCUGUCAUGGAACACCUGCUGGCUGCUGAUGUCCUCCUGGGUGAGGAUGCAUCCUUGCCCAUCACCAUUGGAGGGAGCUACCAGGUGCUGGUGAACAACGUGUUCUACUUCACACAGCGCGUGGUGGACAAGCUGUGGCAGGGCAUGUUCAACAAGGAGUCCAAGAUGGUGGUGGAGUUUAUAGUGCAGCUUAUAGGACAGUCCAAGAGGAGGUCGCAGAGUCUGUCUCUGGACUCUCUCUACCACUGUCUGAACCGUACGGUCCUGUACCAGCUGUCUCGACCUCACAAGACCGUACCUCAGCAGGUAGCUCUGCUGGACUCUCUACGGGUGUUGACCGUCAACCGUAACCUGGUACUGGGACCGGGCAACCACGACCAGGAGUUUGUAGCCUGUCUGGCUCACUGCUUCAUCAACCUGCACGUUGGGAGUAAUGUGGAGGGUUUUGGUUUGGAGGCAGAGGCUCGUAUGACCACCUGGCACGUCAUGAUGCCCGCUGAGAAUGGACCUGAUAACAGACACAGCCAGGAAGUUAGCGAAGGUCGCCAGCUGCUGCUGAAGGCAGUAAACCGUGUGUGGACAGAGCUGAUGCACAGCAAAAGACCCAUGUUGGAGGACAUCUUUAAGGUGUCCCUCCCCACCAACGACAGAGGACAUGUAGAUAUCAGCACCGCUCGGCCUGCCCUGGAGGAACCUGCCCUGAAGAGCUGGCAGAACCACCUGGUCCAUGAGAAGAAGUGUAUUAGCAGAGGGGAGUCGGUGGCUCCGGCCAGCCAGUCCAAGCUGUCUCGGGUCAGUAGUGGUUUUGGUCUGUCCAAGUUGACCGGCGCUCGACGCAACAAGAAGGAAAACUCCCUGAACAAGAACAACCUUUCUGCACAGGAGACGUUCCAGUGGAUGUUCACCCACAUAGCGGUGGUCAGGGACCUGGUGGCCAUGCAGUAUAAAGAGUACCAGGAGAGGCAGCAGAAUGUCCUAAAGUAUGUGACAGAGGAGUGGUCGUCUAUAGAGUAUGAGCUGCUGAGAGAGCGGGGCCUCUGGGGGCCCCCCAUCGGAUCCCACCUGGACAAGUUCCUACUCGAGAUGACCGAGGGGCCCUGUCGCAUGAGGAAGAAGAUGGUCCGCAACGACAUGUUCUACAUUCAUUAUCCAUACGUCCCGGAGCCUGAACCCAGCACUAAUGGCCAAGUACAGAAGCCGGUGCGUUACCGCCGAGCGAUAAGCUACGACAGUAAGGAGUACUACAUGAGACUGCUGUCAGGGAACCCUGGGAUGUAUCAGCACUCUAUAGAGCAGGACACUGAGGGAGAGACCGCUCAGCAUGAACCUGGCGAGGUGCACGGAGAGGACACCAUCGCCAGAGUCAAAGGUCUGGUGAAGGCCCCUCUGAAGAGGUCACGCUCCACCACGGACAGAGCCGAUGAGGAACAAGACCUGCUCCAGGAACAGAUCUUAGAGUCAGGAGGUCUGGACGAGGAACAGAGGACAGACAACACAUCACUGCUACGACUACUGGAGGAGGGAGAGAAGAUCCAACACAUGUACCGGUGUGCGCGGGUGCAGGGUCUGGACACUAGCGAGGGGCUGCUCCUGUUUGGGAAGGAGCACUUCUAUGUUAUCGACGGUUUCACCAUGACCGUCAGCAGAGAGAUCAGAGACAUCGAGACGCUGCCCGCCAAUCUUCAUGAGACCAUCAUCCCCAGAGGUGCGAGGCAGGGUCAGAGCCAGCUGAAGAGGACCUGUAGCAUCUGCUACGAGGACAUUAAGGAGGUCCACAAGAGACGAUACCUGCUGCAGCCCAUGGCUGUGGAGGUGUUCUCAGGAGAUGGGAGGAACUACCUGCUGGCCUUCCAGAAAGGAGUCCGUAACAAGGUGUACCAGAGGUUCCUCGCCGUGGUUCCCUCUCUGGCUGACAGCUCAGAGUCCGUCUCAGGACAAAGGCCCAACACCAGCGUAGAGCAGGGGUCUGGGCUACUCAGCACUCUGGUAGGAGAGAAAUCUGUCACCCAAAGAUGGGAGCGUGGAGAGAUCAGUAACUUCCAGUAUCUGAUGCAUCUCAACACCCUGGCUGGUCGCUCCUACAACGACCUGAUGCAGUACCCUGUCUUCCCCUGGAUCCUGGCUGACUACGACUCUGAGGAGUUGGACCUAAACAACCCACGGACGUUCCGUAACCUGUCUAAACCAAUGGGAGCCCAGACAGACGACAGGCUGACCCAAUACAAGAAGAGGUUCAAGGACUGGGAGGACCCUACCAGUGAGACCCCGGCGUAUCACUACGGUACACACUACUCCUCAGCCAUGAUCGUGGCGUCCUACCUGAUCCGCAUGGAACCUUUCACUCAGAUCUUUCUCAGGCUUCAGGGAGGUCACUUUGACCUGGCUGACAGGAUGUUCCACAGCGUGCGUGAGGCCUGGCUCUCUGCCUCCAAACACAACAUGGCCGACGUCAAGGAGCUCAUCCCGGAGUUCUUUUACCUGCCAGAGUUCAUGCUCAACUCUAACAACUUUGACCUGGGUGCCAAACAGAAUGGGAUUCGACUAGGAGACGUCCUUCUGCCUCCAUGGGCCAAGGGAGACCCCCGAGAGUUCAUCAGAGUCCAUCGACAGGCUCUGGAGUGUGACUACGUAUCGUCUCACCUCCAUGAGUGGAUCGACCUGAUCUUUGGCUUCAAGCAGCAGGGUCCUCCUGCGGUGGAGGCGGUCAAUGUUUUCCACCACCUGUUCUACGAGGGCCAGGUGGACAUCUACAACAUCAACGACCCCCUCAAGGAGACCGCCACCAUCGGGUUCAUCAACAACUUCGGACAAAUCCCCAAACAGUUGUUUAAGAAGCCCCACCCUCCGAAGCGCGUACGCAGUAAGUCUAACGGGGAGAUGGCGGGGGGCGUGCCCGUCUCUCUCUCCUCAACCACUGACAAGAUCUUCUUCCAUCAUCUGGACAACCUCAGACCCUCGCUAGCCCCCGUCAAAGAGCUGAAAGAGCCAGUGGGCCAGAUCGUGUGUACUGAGAAGGGCAUUCUGGCUGUGGAACAGAAUAAAGUCCUCCAACCUCCUGUCUGGAACAAGACCUUUGCCUGGGGUUACGCUGACCUCUCCUGCAGACUGGCCAACUAUGAGUCCGACAAGGCGGUGGUGGUGUAUGAGUGUCUGUCAGAGUGGGGUCAGAUCCUGUGUGCCAUCUGCCCCAACCCCAAGCUGGUCAUCACCGGGGGAACCAGCACUGCCAUCUGUGUCUGGGAGACGGGCACAUCCAAGGAGAGGGCCAAGACCCUCACACUCAAACAGGCGUUGCUGGGCCAUACAGACACAGUGACCUGUCUGACAGCCUCGUCAGCGUAUCACAUCCUGGUGUCUGGUUCUAGAGACAGGACAUGCAUCAUCUGGGACCUCAACAAACUGUCCUUCGUCACACAGCUCAGAGGACACCGGGCCCCGGUCUCCGCCCUUUGCAUCAACGAACUCACGGGAGACAUAGUGUCUUCGGCGGGCACCUACAUCCAUGUGUGGAGCAUCAACGGCAGUCCCAUAGCCAGCGCCAACACCUUCACAGGCCGCUCCCAGCAGAUCCUCUGUUGCUGUGUGUCAGAGAUGAACGAAUGGGACACGCAGAACGUCAUCGUCACCGGACACUCCGACGGCGUCGUCAGGUUCUGGAGGAUGGAAUUCCUACAAGUCCCAGAAACCCCUGCUCCAGAGCCCAUCGAGCCCCCUGAUGUAACUGACUGCUGUACAGAGGACAAGCUGGCAGAGGGACCCGAGAGCCAGAACGCUGACGAAGACAGCAGCGAAUCAGACGGAGACGAGCCCUGCCUCAGCACAGAGUCCAAACCCUCCCCUCUGCCCAACGCUGCAGCUGGGGGAGGAGCUGGAUCGGUUGGGGGAGGAUCAGGCAGCCAACCAGGCAGCACCGUCCACAGACCCAAAGUUCCUAGGGGUCCCGGUGCCCCCGGGGGUCGGCCAGGGGCCUCCUGGUCAGUGGACAGCGGGUCAGAUGACUCCCGACGCUGGUCAGACACCCUCAGCCUGGACGAGAAGGACGGCUUUGUGUUCGUCAACUACUCCGAGGGACAGACGGGACAGACACCCCUCAAACCAGGGGUCCACCCUCACCCCCAGCUUCACCCUCCGCACCCCAUAGCAGGCCAUGGGGGGGUCCCCCAGCCCGUACACCCCACCACCAUGGAGGCACGGCCCUAUAACCAGCUCAGAGCAGGCUACAGAUGGGAGCGACAGCUGGUGUUCCGUAGUAAAUUGACCAUGCACACUGCAUUCAACCGGAAGGACAACGCCCACCCAGCAGAGAUCACAUCCCUCGCCAUCUCCAAGGACCACAGUAAGAUCCUGGUGGGUGAUGGUCGUGGCAGAGUGUUCAGCUGGUCGGUGAGUGACCAGCCUGGUCGUUCUGCUGCUGACCACUGGGUGAAGGACGAGGUUGUGGACAGCUGUUCUGGCUGUACCGUACGUUUCUCCCUCACAGAGAGACGUCACCACUGCAGGAACUGUGGACAGCUCUUCUGUCAGAAGUGUAGUCGUUUCCAGUCUGAGAUCAAGCGUCUGAAGAUCUCAUCCCCGGUGAGGGUCUGUCAGAACUGUUACUAUAACCUGCAGCACGAGCGCAGCGCUGAGGACGGAUGCAGAAACUAACCAAGGUCCUCGGUCCCACACCACUACAGCGGAAAGCCUAUGUUGUGCCCGUUCUC